GAUACACCCACAUGUUACAAAAGAGAAUGUGAGAUUCCUCUAUUAGAAAAACACUUAAUUGUUGAGCCCAGAAAAGACAAAUAUAAAGUUGGAGACGUGUUGAAAUUCUCCUGCAGACAAAGAUUGACAAGAGUUGGACCAGAUUCAGUUCAGUGUUACCACUUUGGAUGGUCCCCUAAUUUUCCAACAUGUAAAGAGCUAGUAAGAUCCUGUGGUACACCUCCUCAACUCCCCAGUGGGGAGGUUAAAAAAACAAACAAAGAAAAUUAUGAACACAAUCAAUUAGUGGAAUAUGUUUGCAACCCUGGAUUUUUGAUGAAGGGUCCUAAUAUAAUUCAAUGUGUUGAUGGAGAAUGGACAAAGUUGCCCGUAUGUAUUGAGGGCACUACAUGUGGAGAUAUACCGGCACUUGAGUAUGGCUAUGUUGUUGAGUCUUCUGCCCCUCCCUAUCACCACGGAGAUUCAGUGGAGUUCAGUUGCAGAGAAACAUUUACAUUGAUUGGACACAGAUCAAUUACAUGUGCUGGAGGAAUGUGGACCCAACUUCCUCAGUGCGUUGCAACCAAUGAACUUAAGAAAUGUAAACUAUCACAGUUAUUUGACUAUGAGGUGGUUGAAUUUGGUCAUAACACCAACAUAAGUUACAAAUGUAAAGGAAGAUCGGAACACAAACACUCAAUCUGCAUAAAUGGAAGAUGGGAUCCUGAAAUAGCCUGCACAAAGCUACAAAUGCAGCCAUGCCCACCUCCACCUCAGAUUCCCAAUGCUCAAGAUAUGACAACUACAGUGAAUUACCAGGAUGGAGAAAAAAUAUCUGUUCUCUGUCAAGAAAAUUAUGUAAUUCAGGAUGCAGAAGAAAUUGUGUGUAAAGGUGGAAGAUGGCAGUCAGUACCACGCUGUGUUGAAAAGAUUCCAUGUUCUCAACCGCCUCAUAUAGAACAUGGAAUCAUGAAAGCAUCUGGUUCUUCAGAAGAAAGGAAAGAAACAUUUAAUCGCAGGCUUUAUGCACAUGGCACUAAGUUAAGUUAUAUUUGUGAAGAUGGUUUCAGGAUAUCUGGAGAAGACUGGAUAAUGUGCUACAUGGGAAAAUGGAGUUCUCCACCUCAGUGUGUAGGAAAAUGUGGGCCCCCUCCACCUAUCGACAAUGGAGACAUUACCUCAUUCCCAUUACCAGCUUACGCUCCAGGAUCAUCAGUUGAGUACCGAUGCCAGGCCUUCUAUGAACUUCAGGGAAAUAGGAAUGUAAUAUGUAGUAAUGGACAGUGGUCAGAACCACCGAAGUGCUUAGAAUGUGCAUGUGAGCUAAGAGGAAUGUGCAUUCUGUUGCUAUUGGAUAAAACGCUCUGUGCCUGUAAAUUCCAUCUGGUCUAA